GGGUGUUCAAGUAAAAGUACCGGUGACUGCGUGUCUCUGGUCAGGGGAGUGAACCCCACUGCAAGAGCAAGGUCUCACCUAGAGUUACUUCCCAUGAGUGCUCUUGCACCAUCGCACCACAACAAGGAUCUAUAUUUAGGAUUCCAAGAUAUCCGCCUUUGCACGGUGAUCAUGCAAUCAGUACAGGACUGUAAAAACUCAUCAACCAAGAAAUUCAAGGGUUUUCCUUCUCUGAGAUGACGACCACCCACAACAGUCCGUCACGUGACCUCACGUCGCUGGGAGUGAACGACGCUCUCCGUCUGUGUGAACAGACGACCGACAUUGACACCAUUCUGGCCUUGACCCAUCACCCCGCGCCAAGUGUGCGGAAGCGAGCCCUCGUGGAGAUGUGUCCUUGUCGUGUCCAAGAGGACCUGUCGGAAUUCUGGGAACGAGUUUUUGAGAUGAUUUCUGAUGAAGACGCUAAUGUCAGAUACCAGGUACUCCAUACCUUGUGUGAUGGGUCACCUGCACACCUCGAAUUGCGAGUGGCCGAAGCUCUGGACACAUUCAAUCGAGACCCUGACCCGAAGAUUAGAAGGAAAGCCCACCAGUGUCUGACCUCGUACUGGCGCAAGGGCAAGUGGAACAUCAUGUGAAGCGUGUGCAUCAUGGAGCAGACCAUCAAAUAUAAUAACAUGUCUCUAUAUUUGGCAGUGAACUCUGAGCGGCACUAUUAGGACAUUAUGCCAUCCAACUUCAGAUCAUCCCUGGAUAUCGUUCAAGCCUCAUUUUAAAUACCUUCAGCUCAGUGCUCCUCCCAACAUUACUUUGUGGAGAUGCAUUAGAGGCUCUACAGCAAAGUACACCUGUGUGGAGGCCAUAGCUUGAUAUUGUGAUCUUCUUCUUCUUCGUCGAUCACUCAAAUGGACACGCCUGCCUCCUGCACAAAUGAUGCUGUGCGCCGCAGGUCCUCCAGGUUGCCGUGUAGCUUCCUCAAUACUGGCGUCUCAUCAGUCCAAA